CUCAAACGGUGAAGGAAAAAUAUCGCGAGGAAACCGAAUACCAGAGAAUUUUAUUAAUUCUCUGCGUGUGUGAAGUCUGUCAAUCCGCAUUAGGCCAGCGUGGUGGACUAAUGGCCUAACCCCUCUCAUUCUGAAAGGAGACUCGAGCUCAGCAGUGAGCCGAAUAUGGGUUGAUAAUGAUACUAGCCGGUGUAGCGCUGAUCGGCCUGGGAGUGGCGGUGGAGCUGCACGUGUCCAAGGCGGCGGACAUCCUGCAGAGCUCGCCCAUCGUGCAGCUGACGCCCAUCGGCGCCAUCGUGGUCGGCUGCAUCGUGUUCGUGGUCGCGUUCUUCGGCUGCUGCGGCGCUAUCAGAGAGAGCAACUGCAUGCUGAUCACUUAUGCGAUCUUCAUGAUAGUGCUGAUGGUACUGAAGAUCACACUGGCCACGCUGAUCUUCGUGAAGCAAGACGAGCUGCUCGCAGACAUCCCGCGCUGGCUCACCGAUGCCUUCAACAAAGACCGGCAAGCCUUCCAGGAGAUCGAGCGAACCUUCACGUGUUGCGGAGUGGAGGGCCCUCAGUCGUACAUGAGCCUCGCCCUGCCCGCCACGUGCUGCGCCGCCGGCGUUCAGACCUGCACCGUGGUCAACGCGCACCCUGGCUGCAGCCGGGUGCUCAGCGACUUCUUCCAGACCUUCGGGCUCGCCAUCGGCGUCGUGGCCAUCGUCGUGGUCGCUGUAGAGCUGGUGGCGGUUGUGUUUGGGCUGUGCCUGGCCAACCACGUGCGCAACAAGAGUCGCCGGACGCGCUACUAGAGGGCGCUGCACGGUACGAGAAAACAAGACAACGCACAAACCAACACAAUAUUCUUCAUUAUUAUUUUUAUACGACGAAGUGCCCAAACUUAAAUAUAAUUUUGUAAUAGUGUAGGCAUUAAACUUAAUUCAGUCAAAAUAAAUAUUAGGUUAAGUACUCAUUGUAUAACCACAAAAUUAUAUUUAUACAUUUAAGCUUAAUUUUUACAUUAAUAUAUUUACAUAAUAUAGUUUAAGUAACUUUGAAGCCUUUAAACCUAGUUCAGUGGUUAAAAAAUUGGACUGAAUAUAAAAAUAAUCCAGCUUCGAUCCUUCGUUGCAUUUUUGUACUACUAAGUACAAGUAAGUACAAGUAAGUUAGUAAGAAAGAGGACUAUUUAAAAAUAAAGUUGAACAUAGAACCUCCUUUUAGUAAGUUUAAUACAUGGCUAAUGUACUGUUGUAAACAAAAAAAAUUAUGAUUUACUGCAAUGAGUAAAAACAAUCACUUUGUAAAAGUAACUAGAUGAAAGUAGGUAAUUUUCACAAUUUUUCACUCGGUAAGAAUUUUCUACAAAAAUGUAUACAUGUUAAUUCGCAUAAAAAUCUAUCCAUUUCCUUAUGAGUUUUAAAACUGUUUUGGAUACUGUAAUAAGAAACCAUACAGAUUUAGCUUUCUUACGAUUUUAAUAUUUUUGUUGUUUAGGUACUAGUUUGCGUUUAUAUAAGUAUAAGUAGGUAUUUUUUAUAAUAAAUAACUUAAAAUUA